AUGCUGUCGCACAGUGACAAUUCUGAAGACGAAUUUAUUAAUGAAUCAGACGACGAAACUAAAUAUGAUGGAGAAAAUGAUGUUUACGAUCCAGUCGAAGACCUAGAUAAAGAGAAAUUGUUAAUUCGUACCCCGCUACAAGAAAAAUGUUUUAACUUUUUUGCAAGACCAGUCUCAAUAUGGGCAAAAAUGUUUUGGGGUCUUUCAUCCGUAUGUGUGCUCGCUACUAUUACGAUGAUUUGUAUUGAUUCAAUACCGACCAUUCAUUACGAUAGCAAAUUUAUCUACCUUGAAUUUGGUAUCAUUUUUAUCUUUACUAUUGAGUAUGUUGGACGAUUUUACGCGUCUGUGCAUCGACUAGCUUUCAUUCGAAAAUUCCUAAAUGCCGUUGAUUUAUUAUCAAUUAUCCUGUUUUAUUUGGAUUUAUUCUUUAAUCUAACUGAGGGAGUAACAAUCCAAGUCUUCAAAAAAUCGGCGUCACAAAUAGCAAUGUUAUUCAUGUGGAUAGGUAUAGUGAUCCUCAUGUCAUCGUCCAUAAUGUAUUACCUGGAACGUGGAGAAUUCGACGAGCAAACACGCACCUGGUACAAAACACUAGAAGACGGAACUCAAACACCUAGUUCUUACCAGUCAAUUGUGGACACUAUUAUAGUCACGAUAAACGACUAUGGGGGUAACGCUGAUACUCCAAUCACUCCGUGGGGAAAACUACUUGCGAGCCUGAUGGCUCUUUGGGCUAUCAUGACGAUUGCUAUUCCUACUUCGAUUCUCGAGUGGAAUUUUGUCACAGUAUGGGAUGCGUAUCGACACAAAAAGAUGCUUAAAUCUCUUCAAACGUUAGAUCAAACAGAACCUGCCAAACAAAAUUCUCCGCGAAAGAAACUUAGAGCGCUUCAAGGACAGAAUGAAGCAUUGGUACAGCUCUUGGCCGAGUUGCAGGACCAGUUGAACGAACUCAAUCCACCAAAUUUCAGAAAAAAGUGUCGAGAAUUCUCUGACGAGAAUCAACGACUUAGAUCACAAAUGCAUGAUCUUGCAUCUUUGACGAAUAUGUGUAAAAACAAAGGAAACCGCACGGAUUCUUAUUAG